AUGCAUCUCCUCAGUCUAACGACUCUCUUCUCCUUCCUCACGCUAGCCACAACCUCCCACAUCCUCCCCAAACGUCAAGACCUCACCGACACCUCAAUCUCCGCAAUCGGCAGCGCCCGCCUCUCAGCCUUCCAAUCCGCCUCUGCCGCCUUCGUCGCCGCAACCCACAAGCCAAAUUCCAUCGUUUGUCCUGGCGUCAUCGGCGCUGCACCCACACCGUCAGAGUCUCCCUCUGAUGAUGUGAGGUUGAGAGUUGAUCCAAGUGCGAUCAGUUUGUUGGAGCAGAGGCAGAGUAUCAGGCCGCAUCAGAGUAGGGAGGGGAAUAGAAGAAGUAGGAGGCACUCGAGCAGUACCAAGCCGCCCGAGGCCGUGGAGGCCAGGGAGACGGGUGGAGUGGGUGGUUCCUAA